AUGCAGACCAGUAACCCCCUCUACACGGCCGACGAGCUGUGCACCAUCAUCGCGACGAUUUUGCACGGCGCCGACAACGCCGAGCGCCGCCGCAACGAGGCCGAUCUCACAACUGCGCUCCAGCAGCCCCCAAAUGUAGGUCACUUGGUGACGAUCUUGUGCGGCACCCCGGAUGGCACGCCGCCCACGGCGCCGGCCGGCGUUCGCCAGAUGGCGGCUGUGCUGCUGCGCAAGCGCAUCUUUUCUCUCUGGCGUGUGCUGACGACGGAGCAGCAACAUCAGCUGCGACACCUGCUUCUGCAGCGGCUGGGCGACGAGCCAACACGUCCGGUUCGCUUCGCCAUCGCCCACGUCGUGACUCGACUGGCAAAGGCAGACGCCAACCGUGGCGGUGACGGGUGGCCAGAGCUGCAGCACGCGAUCCGUGCUGCUGCGCACGACACGCGAGUGGAGAUGCGCGAGCUGGCGAUGGUGUUGCUCUACAGCUUCGGCGAGGUGUUCGCGGAGGAGAAUGCACUGAGCGGGCUGGCGGCUGAGUCCGUCGUGCGCGGCCUGGGCGACAGCGAGACGGUGGUGCAGGCCGCGGCGGUGAAGGCGGCUAUGGUGCUGCUGCCGACCCUGCACGAGCACCCCGCGGUGCGCAACGCGUUUCUCGCGCACCUCGUACCUACUUGCAUUGGCUUGCUGGAGAGCGGCGCGGCGACGGAAGCCAAGGUGCCGCUGUGCGUCAGCGUUCUCGACUUAUUCGAGCAGCUCUUCGAUGACCUGCCCGUGAAGAAGUACGGCGCGUUGGUCCAGGAUGUGGCGCAGGCGCUGAUGCGACUCAUGGCGAACCCGCAGCACCACCCUCGCGUCCGCGAGAACUGUGGGACAGCAUUGGGGCAGCUGGCGACGCUGAAGCCGAAAUUUGUGGCGGCGCCGGCCCUGCUGGAGCCGCUGGUGCAGGUGUGCCUCGGUCUCAUGUCGGAGGACAACACCAUCUCCAUCUCGGACCAGGGCAGCGGCGGCGUGGAUGACGAGGACUUGGACGACAGCGACGACGAUGUGGACAUGCUGCACGUCACGUCCGCCUGCAUGGUGGGCUGCCAGCUGCUGAGCGCGCUUGCGACGACGGUGCCCAGCAAGGCGUUCACGGCGGUGCUGUUGCCGUACAUUUCGAGGGUGACGGACGCACCGGCGAGCGUGGACGCCCGCACCCGAAAGGCCACGAUGAUCGCACUCGCCUGCCUUGCCGAGGGACACGCUAGCUAUCUGCGCCGCCGUGUCGGGUAUGUGCUGACGGUGACGCACGGCUUCCUGUGCGACGCGGAUCCGGCUCCUCGUGAGGCCGCCGCCUUUGCCCUUUCAUCCUUCUGCGGCCAUCUGCAGCCCGAAAUCCUGCUGCACCACGAAAAGCUACUGCCGAUGGUGGUGCCGCUGCUGGAGGACACGAGCGACCUUGUGCGCCGCCGCGUCGCCCAGGCACUGGAUACCCUGUGCGAGAAUCUGCAGGAAAACCUCGACCGCUACGUGCCGACGCUGCUGCCGGCCGUGAUGGCGGCGAUCCCGAUCAGCUCGCUGGAGACGCAGUGCCGCUUGUGCGGCGUGCUCUCGUCAAUGGGCAUGGCUCACUCGGCUGCUUUCGCGAGCCGCGGGCCAGAGCUGCUCGAGGUUUUGCGGCAGCCCUUUGGGUUGAAGACACCGGAGACGAUGGCGCUCCGGGCGCAGGCGACCGAGACAGUCGGCGUCAUCGGCUCCGCGAUGGGCCGCGCCGCCUUUGCCGAGUACUACCCUUUCUUCAUGCAGGAGGUCGUGGCGAACCUGCAGACGCGCCACGCAGCGGUGCGGGAGCAGAGCUUCGGCUUCCUGGCCAACAUGUGCGAGCUGUUUCGCGAGGACUUCGCGCCGUACCUGAAUGACUCCAUCCACUGCGCCCUAGAGACGAUCACCGAGGACCGGGCAGUGUACAAGAACAAGCAUCCGCUGGCCAGCGACGGCAGCGGUGACGCGCUUGCUGCCUUUGCUGCCUGGAAGGACAACGGCGGAGACGAUGAUGAGAGCGACGAGGACGGGGGCGACGACGCGGAGGAGAUUCACCUGCGCGUGCGCACCGCUGACGUCGAGGAAAAGUCCUCUGCCGUGUACUGCGUCGGCGUGUUCGCGGAUGUUAUGAUGGGCCAGCUUGGGGAGGCGCAGACGGCAGCGUGCUGGGAGGCGCUGACGGGGCUGGACUCGCACUAUUACCCCAACAUUCGCUCGAACGCCCUCAUCGCGCUGGCGAAGCUCGCCAAGGCGUCUGCCGGUCUCCCAGCAAAGGCGAUGCAGGCGCGCAGCCGGGCCGCCAUCGUGGCGGGGCGCACCGGUGCUGCUGACAGCAGUGGCAGCCUCGUGCAAGAUGUUCUUCCGCUGUCGGUUCGCGAUCGCAUUGAUGAGCUGCUGAACCUACUGCUUCGCACGAUAGAGGAGGAGGACGCGGAGAACGAGGUCGUCGGCGCCGCGUGCGAGGCGGUGUCGAUUGUGAUGGACUACUUUGGGACUCAGUGCACCAUCGACGGCCCGGAUGCCGUUAUGCGGGAUGUGGUACAGCUGCUGCGCGGGACGAUGCCGUGCCAGCGCCGCGGCAACGAGCUUGACGAUGACGAGUGCAGCGAGGACGACGGUGCUGACAAUAUGAGUUAUGAGCAGUACCAGCAGCUGCGACAGCAGAGGGGUGACUCUACGAGUGCGGACAGGGCACACUACCUGCAGGGCAAAGACCCGUUCUUUCGGCGCGCGGACGAGGCGGCUGAGGCGCAGGCUUCCGCGAUUAUGGCUGCAAUGGCGCAGCAUCAACAGAACGGUGACGCGGCUGCUCCACCGUCCUCGCAGCUGCCGUCCGCGGCUGCGCUGCCACCUUGGUACAGGCUUGUUGCACCAGAGAUGGUGAAGCACGGCGUCCACCUGCCCGAAGACCACGACGGGGUCAUCCUGGACGCUGCCGCGGAGAUGCUCGAGAGCGUCGCCAAGGCGUACGGCGCGCUGCUGCAGCCCUACAUGCCCUACCUGGUUCCUCUGCUCGCCAUGCACGCCGACGUGGGGACGCGGCCCCCGGAAGGGCUCGUGACCGCCGUGGGCACCCUCGCCACCGUGCUGCAGGCGUACGGCUCCGUCGACGCCAAUGGCGAUGGUGCUGCGUCGCCGGCGUCGGAGCAGCUGCUGGCGCCAUUCGUCGAAGCAGCCGCGCAGCUGAGUUUCAGCGUCAUGGCAGGCUCAGACGAGUCCACCGCGAGGGCGAACAGCGCGUAUCUCCUCCGCAUCCUUGUGGAGGGCUGCCCGAGCUUCUUCACACAGCAGCCCGCCGUCGUGCCACAGUGCUUCCAGGCCCUCUGGUCCGUAGUCGGCAACGAGGAGGACGAGAUACCGGAGGCGGUCGACAACGCGGUCAGCGCCACCUGCUCCUUCGUCCGCUGCCUUCCGCUGCCGCUGCUGCCCAUUGCCCAGGUCAUCCCUCCCCUCAUGGCGCACCUGCCCAUGAAGAUAGAUAAAGCAGAGAACCCGAAUGCGGUGCGGACACUGUGCUAUCUACUGGGCAAUGACCACGCCGCCUCGACCGCAGCGGUGUCGAGCUGGUUACCGUCCGUGGUUGGUGCCGUCGCGAACGUGCUCGCCGCGGCAACCGUGGAGGAUGCUGAUAAACAGCGCCUGGUGCAGCAGGGAGCGUCAGUCUUCGCGCAAGCUCACCCGCAGGCAUGGCGGCAGCAGCAGCAGGGCUUGUCGGACGGGCAGCGCGCGGUGCUACAGGCAUGGCAGCUGUGA